AUGUGAUCCUUACUAAUAUCAAUACACAAAAAUGUUUCGUUCAUCUUUGUUUCCUAGAGUUCUCCUAUGUAAUUUUAGAAUUAACUUUUUCUUCUCAAUUUUAUGGAACUAUGUUUCACAUUAUAUGAAAUGUUGCAUCAUCACUCUUGCUAGUUAUUAUUACUCUAAUGCUGAACCUGUGAAGGAGGGUUUGAAUAACAAUAUUCAAAGUGGCGUGAAACUGUGCAAAGAAGAAAUCAUUGAUGUGAUGGAAAAGCUGGGAUUAAGAGAGGAAAUUGAUGGGGUUGGUAUAGCGGAAUUUGGUGAUGAGCAAGAGAUUAGUAAUAUGUUUGAAAAUGGGGUUAGUUUGGAAGAGGUGGAGGAAGCUUUCAAUGUGUUUGAUGAAAACAAAGAUGGGUUCAUUGAGGCUGUUGAGUUGCAAAGGGUUUUGGGUUGUUUGGGAUUUGAGAGAGACUUUGUGGAAUGUCAGAAAAUGAUUAAUGCUGUUGAUGAAAAUGGAGAUGAAUUAAUUGAUCACUAUGAGUUUGUGAAGUUGAUGGAACAGAGUUUUAGUUGAAUACUUUAUUUUUUGGGCACUUGUUCAUGUCUAUUGUUAUAUGUAUGUAUAUAGUGG